AUAUUACCAUUCCAAGGCAGCACAUUGCAUGUGGAAUGAAAUUGAUAGAAAAUUUGUUUUUGAAAAUAAACAUAAAAAAGGCGAGUAGAUCUUAGUUUACUACUGUCCAAGUCAAUAUAAAGAGUGCGAUAAUUGUUUUUAAUAUUGUAUAUAAGUGGUUCAAUAUUCUAGUGCUUCAGGCUGACUACUCUUUCCAAACUUAUUAGAAUUGCCUCGCCGAACUACUUUGUAUAUAAUAUCGACAACAUAUUUGCAGAAGAAUAAUCAAAUGGUUGUGUGACAGAUUGCUAAACGGGGUCUAAAGUCAUCCCGGAGAUCGCCAAGAAAACGGUAUAAUAAACCGAUUGACGACUUCCGAUAACAAACGGAUUGGUCAAUUCGUAAUGCAACCAUCUGCUCCAACACUAUCAACACAAGCCGAUAUUGCUAAAGCCAUGCAGCCCCAAAAUAUGAUAUUACCGACAAAUAAAAAGACUAAAAAGUACGCAACGCAAAUGUCUGCUACAAAGCAACAGCCACAGCAACAGCAACAUAGUACGUCACAGCCACAGUUUCAGAUAAACAAGGCUUACAAUGUUGUUUCCAUACUAAAAACAGCUGCAACAACGCCAACAAAUGCCCAACAAGCGACGGCUCACAUGGUACAUCAGACACAUCUGCAACAACAGCAGCAGCAGCAACAACAUCAACAACAACAUCAACAGCAGCAACAUCAACAACAGCAACAUCAACAACAGCAACAACAACAACAAAAACAGUCGCAGCAGCAGCAAAGCUACGCAAAUGUCGUUAACAGGCCAUUAACAUCUGUUAACGCACAGCAGCAGCAAUCGACAACAGUUAUCUGUAGCGGCGGCAAUAUAAUGGCUGUUAACAAUUGCCAAUUAAAUCUGAAUUCGGCAACGAUUCAGCAGGACUUGAAUACAGCCGCCAUUUAUAAUCUAACAGGACAUCGUGCUGCUGCUGCUGCUUGCGGUAGCAAUAGUGGAAUUAUCGAAACAAAAUGUCGUCUAUUAUCGGACAUCUCCAAUUCCAGUCCAGUCGGUCCAAAUAACAGUCAACAACAGCAACAACAGCAACUGACAACUGUUGCUGGGGUCGGCAACAAUAGUAAUAAUGGUUGCAGUAACAACAGUAGCAUUAUCAAUGGCAGCAACCAAAGCAUCAUAACUCUGGCCAAUUCUCAUGGUCUAACACUCGGCUCAUCGAAUAAUCCCUCUGCCUAUAUGCAUGACAAAAGUCUGUUGGGGGCGGUUGGGGUUAGUGUCGGCGUCGGUAUAAACGUCAGUUGUAUCGAUAAUAGAAAAUACGAUUACAAGAACAAUAAUCUGUUAUCGAACAGUAAUUUUCAACAAACAUCCCAAGAGUAUGUUUCGACUGGCAACAACAGUUCUGGAAACAGUCGUUCAAAUCAACAAAGUGGAAUUUAUCGUGGACCACAGGCAGCAUCAAAUCCGCCACGUGGCAGCGGCACUGGCGGUGGAGCCCGCGCCCCCCAUGUUCAUAUGCCACCGAUGUACCCGAAUAUGGUAUUGCAGAAUUACCCACAAUAUGGCCAGCGACAACCAGCGUAUCCGGCGCCACAUUUACAAUAUACGCACACGCCCAUACCCUAUUAUACCUAUCCAUAUCUCUCCCCAUUGCCACAGCAACAGCCGCCGCCGCAUUCACGUAGUGGCGUUGCGGUUAACACGAACUUAGGCAAUACAAUGCAAUCUGUGCAGCCCGGUGGACCCAAUGGACCGCUGGCUGGUCCUGGUGGUGCGACACCAUCUCAAUUACAAUUGCUAACAGGUGCUGUACAGCCAGGCGCUAAUACAGUUAUUGGUGUUGGUGGAACAGCGAGUGGUCAAGUGGGUGUGGGUGUCAACGUUAGUGUUCCGCCAAUGGUUGGUGUUAUGUCAUCUAAUGUGACUCCCCAACCUGUGCCAGUGCCGCAGCCUAGUAGGCGUCGACACCAGCAUCGUUUACAGAUUAUCGAUCCGACAACAAAAAAGAACAUACUUGAUGAGCUGGAUAAGAGUAAUGCGAGUACGGAGAGUGACUAUCAGGAAGCAGGAGCGGCUGCUGCUGCUACUGCGAUUGCAUCUGCUGCUCCGUCUUUAACGACAUCAGCUGUCGUCGCGCAUCCAGAUGCCUCAAUGUGCAUUACCCAGCCAGAUGCUGGCGGCAUCUGUUUACCCCCCAGCAGCGUGUUAAUUCAAGGCCCAGAAGCGAGGCCCAAUAUUCAGUACAAAUUAGAUCAAAUUCCCGCUCAACGCCAGGAUAUAAUUGUUGGACAGACUCCAGUGGUCUCAGCCAUGUCUGAUGCACCAUCUGUAGAAAUAUUGCCGAGUUCCCAGAAAAAUAAAAGUAAAAAAAUUCCAAUAGUCCCCCCGAAAGAUGCAUCCGAGUCCUCGUCGUCGUCUGCCUUCUCUUCGUUCAAAGUAGAUGAUGUUUCUAAAACAAGCGUUAAAAGUGCGAACGACCCCAAUCAACAUUUACAGUCAGACUUUGUUGCACAAGAGGAAGAAGAAGAACAACAACAUCGACAAAAGUCACAGAAACAGCCGCAGCAGCAGCAACAGGAAUCACAUCCACCGUUUAUGGCGGCAAACACAGCGGAAAAGCAAAUUGUCGACAUAGUCGAAGUAGGUGACAGCUCAGAUGCGGCUCAGCAACAACAGGACAACAACGAACAAGGACUUACAGUAAUUGCAGUCGAAGUGGACUCAACGGCAGAGAAUGUCGAGCUGAGCUCGACUGGUACCGCAACAAGUGAAGUUUCUGUAUUGUCUGACAACGUAUCUAGCAUGUAUAUAACUGAGCCAAGUCUCUCAACUAAUUUAAGCGAAACUGUAGCUGAUGGCCAGGUGGAAGGGGAGGAGGCACAACGUAUUGUUGUCCCAGUAGAAACUAGCUCACAUGAAAGCACACCCGAUGAGACUGAUCGAGCGCAACAAAUGCCAGACUUGGAAGCGACACCGAUUGGGGAAAAUGUGAAAGAAGAAAAUGAGAGAAACGAAACAUUAACGGAAACGAUAUCAACGAAUAGCUUAGCAACAGCAGAGGAUGCCAAGAAUGUCAAGGAUGCGGAUAUAGGAAAAGUAGUGGAGCCAAAAAAAACGGACACAUCAGCGGCUGCUGAACAACAAGAAGCUAUCGCCGAUGGUGUUGCAAUGGAAACCUCGGAAGUCGCGGCAUCGUUGAUCAACUACAAUGAAGGUCAAUGGUCGCCGAGUAAUCCAAGUGGUAAGAAGCAAUACGAUCGCGAGCAACUAUUGCAGUUGCGAGAGGCGAAGGCUUCACGUAUUCAACCCGAAGUUAAAAAUGUCUCGAUAUUGCCGCACCCAAACCUAAUGCCUAUGUUUAUGCGUAAUAGCAAUAAUAAUAACAACAAUAAUAACAAUAAGCGGGUUCAAUCGAUGGUUGGCAUGAUUGGUAGCAGUCGAAAUAGUGAAUCGAUUGGUAAUAAUUUUGGUGGCAAGCAGGCUUCAAUGUCCGGUGUUCAAAGCGGUGGCGGCGGUCGCAGCAGCAUGAAAGGUAUGAUCCAUGUCAACCUAUCACUUAACCAAGAUGUUAAACUGAAUGAGACGGAAAAUGCCUGGCGACCACGUUUACAAAAUAAUAAGCACCAACAGGACUCGACGAGCGGCAGUAACUCCGAUGGUAACAAAUCAAUCCAUGAAAAAGACGAACUUGUCCGUAAAGUGCGUGGAAUUUUAAACAAGCUAACGCCAGAAAGAUUUGACACAUUGGUUGAGGAGAUAAUUAAACUCAAGAUCGAUACCCCCGAGAAAAUGGAUGAGGUAAUUGUGCUCGUCUUCGAGAAGGCUAUCGAUGAACCAAAUUUUUCCGUAUCAUAUGCAAGACUGUGCCAUCGCCUGAUAAGCGAAGUUAAGGCACGCGAUGAGCGCAUGGAAAGUGGCACAAAAUCGAACUUACAACAUUUUCGUAACGCACUACUCGAUAAAACGGAAAAAGAAUUCACUCAAAAUGUCUCGCAAGGCGCGGCAAAAGAGAGGAAACUACAGCCGAUUAUUGAGAAGAUCAAAAAAUGUAAUGAUCCCAAUGAAAAGGCUGAGCUGGAAGCACUGCUCGAAGAGGAGGAGCGCAAAAUACGUCGUCGUUCCGGCGGGACUGUGCGUUUCAUUGGUGAACUUUUUAAAAUCUCAAUGUUAACUGGAAAGAUUAUAUACUCUUGUAUCGAUACGCUGCUGAAUCCGCAGUCGGAAGAUAUGCUGGAAUGCCUGUGCAAGCUACUGACAACAGUUGGAGCUAAAUUUGAGCAGACGCCAGUUAGUGCGAAGGAGCCCGGUCGUUGCUAUUCCCUGGAAAAUUUAAUAGUUAGAAUGCAAGAAAUUGUAUCUAAAACUAAUAAGGAUGGCGCCAAAGUUAGUUCCCGAGUGCGAUUUAUGCUUCAGGACGUUAUCGAUUUGCGCAAAAACAAGUGGCAAUCGACCCGGAAUGAGGCUCCUAAGACAAUGGGGCAAAUUGAAAAGGAGGCUAAAAAUGAACAGCUAUCUGCACAAUAUAUGAACUAUAGCAGCUCAAUAUCGACAACAACGUCAACAUCCAGUCCCAACGGGGGUGGAAGUGGCGGUGCCGGCAAACGUGAUGCACGGUUCGGCGACGCACGUUCAUCGAGCGGUUAUGGUGGCAGUCAUAGUCAACGCGGCGGCGAUGGUGUUAGUAGUAUGAGACAUCAGCAAUCAAACAGCGGCACUGGCAGCGGCAGCGGAGCUGGUGGCAGUGGCAAUGGCAAUCAUUCAAAUGGAAAUAAUGACGACAAUACGUGGCAUGUUCAGACUAGCAAAGGCAGCCGCUCCCAAGCUGUGGAUAGCAUCAAGCUAGAGGGUUUGAAUUUACAGCUGCAUCAAAAUUUGGAUAACAAGAAGAUGGGCGGCGUUAAUCAGUUCAUUAACUGGAAUAACAAUGCCAUUAAACAAUCGUCGACAACGCCAACGACAACACCUUCAAAUUCAUUUGCUCCGCUCUCGUCAUUAAUUGACAAUAAAAGUAGCACGGAUCGAGACCGUAGUGGUGGCCCCAGAAAUAAGGGUUCAUAUCACAAAGGUUCCAUUGAGCGGGAUCGAUAUAAUGACCGUGGCAUGCAUUCACGAACUGGUUCAUCGCAAGGAUCGCGUGAGAAUUCGUCAUCGCGCGUUGCACAAAAUGCGCAAAAUCGUGGCAUGAUGAGCUCUUCCAUGCAAAAAUCUGCUAGUCACUCAAAAUAUACUCAACCAGCGCCAGCAAGCAGACUUUCCAACAAGUCCCUAGGUUCUUCUUCCUUAAGCAGUGCGGGCGGCAUACAUAAGGGCAUUGAACAACAGCAGCAGCAGCAACAGCCCAAUUUAUCAAGUGGCUCAAUCUCAGCUAGCACCUCAGCAUCUCAGCUUCACUCAACAACUAAAGGCAUCGCGCCGCCAGCAACAUUCAUUGUGCCAACGGAGUCCGAUUUAAAACUAUUUAAAUCUGUUUUGUCUGAUAUACUUGAAGCUGAUUUCAUGGUCGCUGAAUGCAUACAACGGAUAUCAGAAGUGCAGCGCUGUGGAUUUUUAUAUUACAUACUAAAUGAAUAUUUGCAUUUAGCGCAAGUGGGCAAACAAAACAGAACACAUCUUGCAACCGCUAUUGCUCAAUUAAUACAGCAGAACUACAUUUCCGCGGAACAUUUUAAACUGGCAUACAACGAAUUUUUCAGCACUGCUGCCGAUUUAAUGUUUGAUGUUCCUGAAUUGUGGCUGUAUAUUCUUCAGUUCACUGGUCCAUUAAUAGUCAAGAAACUUUUGUCGAUAACUGAUUUGUGGAACAAAAAUUCAUUAGACAGCAGUCAACUGAAAAUGGGUAAAAAGUUUCUUCAUUGUUUUUUGACAUAUUGUACAAGGGAAGUAGGACCUAGCUUCACACACAGCAUAUGGAAAAAAUUUAAUAUGCGCUGGUCAGAUUACAUGCCUGAUAAUGAAGUUAGUGAUUUUAUAAAAUCGAAUAGAUUUGAAUAUGUGGAAAAUAUAUUGAAGACGCCAGUGAUUGAAGAACGCGAUUCCCACGAAACACACGUCCAAAAUGUGAUAAAUCAUAUUGAGCAGUUGCUUAAGGAAGGCUCAACUGCUGAUGAAAUUAUUGACUAUAUCAAUGGCAAUAUUGUUGUGGCCGAUAAACUGUUUAUUAGAGGAUUGACAGAAACUUUAUGCAAAUUUGCAAUCGUUUACAAGGAUAAUAGCUAUAAGCUUGAUCCAGAACUCUUUCAAAAAUUCUGCAUACCAGUUUUUCAGCGUUUUAUCGCUUCUAAUGAAGAUCUUCAGCUCGAGUGCCUUUACGGAGUACAGUUGCUCGUGCAUAGCUGGGAGCAACCUAGAGGGCUGUUGAGCGAACUUUUUGGUGAACUGUACGAUGGCUUUGUUAUACAAAAGGAGUCGCUCUAUAAAUGGCGCGAUUCGAAAGACCAUUCAGCAGGCAAAGGCGUGGCUGUUAAGAGUGUGAAUCCAUUUUUAAACUCAUUAUUCAACGAUGAAGCCAAUUAAUAUAUAUAUACUCGUCGAGCUGAUAGAACGAGUUUUAAGGCAGAGCGAAAAUACACAAUUUAACAGAACACUAGCAACAAAGUAAAUUUUGCAGAAAAAUAAAAUAUAUUCUUUCAUAAAUUUAAAGAAGUGUGGAGUUGUGGCGGAGGAAUCAGAGUAUAAAAUGAUGAAUAUUCUGUUAAAA